ACAGACACUCGAGCAAGAUGACGACGGUGCAGCAGGUUAAUAUUCAGUGCGAGUGCUAUCAUCGUCGCGGACUGCUCCAUGUGGUGCGACCUUGGGCCUGGGGCCGUCCCUGCCGUCGCUGCCAGCGCGCGAUGGAGCGCAAUCUCGUUGUGGUGCCCACCUCGGGUCCAGCGGCUGUCGCACUGAAUGGACGAAGGCGCGGAUCUCCCGUCGUGGUGACCACCACCACCAGCCCCCAAGUGGUUGCAGCACCACAGCCACUGGCGACUGUGACUCCAGCUCAAACGGCCCUCGACUGGCAGAACUCGCAGCAAGCAUUUCCCUCCGUCUUGCCAGCCAAGUGCAACGAUUUCGUGAUGGUCAACUGAAGGAGCUUUGCUUCGAUGCAUUCUCGGCUGUCUCAAGAAGUCUCUGCAUAUCGCUCAAUGUAAAGAAAUUUAAUUGCUAAUCUUAAGUUAUUUUGUAAGAAUAAAAAUAAAUGUUGUUUAUA